AUGGAAGCUGAUCAGCUUUCAAAAAUUAUUCAGCAUGAGCUCUACCAACAACAAACAGAUAAUCUUACGCAGUACAUUGUGAGCAGCCCAGAAGAAAACGAGACAGUCAUUUGCAUAUGCAUCACCAACUCAACUGGUGCAUCUCAAGGAUUCGUGGUUCACAAGAGUGUCGUUCUGGCUUCCAAUGUUCUUUGUAAUGGUCUCAACUCCCGGAUGAAUCCUGAACACCCUCUUAUCCGCGUACAAUGGCAUGGCACGCUCGAUGUCUUCGACAUAUAUCAUGCAUGGCUCUACUCACACAAAGCGCUCACCUCCGCUGAGCUCAAGAGCAAGCAACCGCCGACCGUUUCAACCAAGUCUGACUACACCGACUUGAUCUGCUGCUGGGGCAUGGGUCAGACGCUGAGGGAUGAGACAUAUCAAGAUAUGGUCAUGAGUUCCAUCAUCAACCGCUUACAGCGAUGGACUAGCUCACUACCACCGCCGUUCAUAUACGCCCAGACGGCUAGUACAGUGGUGGGUAUUUAUCGGGAGACGACAGCAGAUGCUUCCUUGAGGAAGCUAAUCGUUGAUGCGGUUGCAAGAUCCGGGACUGUGGUUGAUUAA